AUCAGCUGGGGAUCUCUACAUCAAGUCUUUCAAAACCGAAAUCAGGUAAUGUAUGACGAACCUCUGAUUUUGAGUUAAUCGAAGUGUCUCUCUCCUUUCUCCCUUUCUGUGAUUGAUUUAAAGUCCUUUGAAGGAAGUUAGGGUUAGAGGUGAGGAGGAUUUUGAAUGUGCAACAAAAAGGGGUUUUUUUUUUUAAGAGGAUUCUGACUUAUUCCUCCCCCUUACUUCGUGCAGAGUUUGAGAAAAUGUCCUCAGAAGGAACACAAAGUAUAGUAGGGAGUGAGGUGAUGCCCCUGGACUAUGGGAGCAUGGACUCAGAGAAGAUAGUGGAAGAGGUGAAGCAGUAUAGUUCUGAACUAAGGACCAGGGAUAGCCUGGGUCACUUAGUGGAAAAUUACGAGAUCUCUUCUCGAGUACUAGUUAGGCCAACUGGGGUAGAGGAGAGAGCGUGUUCUGCUCCUCGGGACCAUUGGAUGCCCAUAUAUUCCCACUAUCUAAUAGCGGGAUUAAGGUUUCCAAUUCCUGAGUUGCUAGUAGGAAGAAGUGAGGAAGUUGGUGAGGAAGAGGGGGAUUUAUUGAACAUUUUGGACCUCACCAGCGCACAAUGCAUAGAAGCUGCUGAGCUCUAUGGGCCAAGCGCUUUAAGUGAAGCUAAAAUGGAUCAAUUUUUGAACACUACUGGAGGAGUGGCUAUCCCCAAGAAGCCAAGGAAGAAGUCAAAGACUUCAACCAAACAAGUGGAUAAGGGGAGAAUUGGGACGGAGGUAGUGCCCGCGGCUUCAGCUGAGACAGAGGAGGAGGUGCCUCAAUUGAAGAGGAAAGGUUGGGAGGAGAGGAGAGGACUGCAGAAGAAGAAGAAGAUGGUGGAGGAGGAGGAGAGGGGGAAUGAGGUGCCUCAGUUUGUACCUCAGCCUCCUCUUGUUGAGCUGAACCCUGAGCUUAGACAGUUGGAGGAGGGGGCUGAGGUACGAGCUCCUAGUAAGGGAAAGGGCCCUGUUCCCCCGUUGGGGCCUCAGAGCAACCUGUUCGAGGCGAAGAACAUGACAGGGGCUAGGUGGUUCAUCAAUAGCACCUUCCCCGAAGUGGACAGACGCAACGCGUGGGAUGAAGCUCUGAGGUAUGGUGGAGCGUCUGUUGUGAAGCACGUUUUAGAGGAGUUCAUGGAGAGCUUGAGGGAGCGCUCACUCUUGAAGAGGCAAUGUGACCAGCUGCAGAAGGAGAAGGAGGAGCUGGAAAAGAAAAAUAAAGAACUGCAAGAGUCGCUGAACGAGGUGGUUCCAACUGUGAAACAGUUAGAACAGGAGAGGGCUUCCCUGAGCACCAAGCUCGUCUUUGAGGAGAGCAAACGUAGGAUCUCUGAAAGCGAACGUGAGGCUCAGGCGCAAGAAAUAAGGCUGAUGAAGGAGGCUUUCGUGGAGCUCAAGGAGAAUGUGCAGACCUUGGUGCACAAUGGAAUGAAGGAGCACAUCAGCAACUUCAUCAGCUCCAGCUCGUUUGACAGCAUCGUCAACUUGUACCGGCUGCCCACUGCCAUCAUUGCAUUCACGGACUGCAGGAAGAAGGUGAAGGUAGAAUAUCCCGAAGUGGAUAUUACGAAGAUCACCUUCGGAGAGGAAAAAGAAGGAGUGGAAGAAGACGGUGAGAGCAUGUCAGCAGACUUCCGUCCUCAGAUCAAACUGAGGUGGGAGCAUGAUGCAAACGGACGUGCUGUUUUCCCUCCACAAUUCGACUUCGAGUUCGUUGCAGUGGAGGAAGAAGGGGCAGAGGUAGAGGAAGACGAGGUGGAGGCAGGAGUGGAGGGAGCUGAAGUGGAUGAGAGCCAACCAAUCCCAGAAGUGGAGAUUCAUCCAGUUCCUUCCGACGAUGAGCAGCCUCUUCUGCCAGACAAGCAGUAGCCAUCACAGCCACCUCCUCCAUCUGAGCAGGAGCUAGUGGAGCCACCUCUCCCAGCAGAGAAAUAAUUUUGUUUUUUAAUUUUUUGUAGAAUCAUUAAACAAUUUGUAAUACUAUUAUUUCGUUAAAUGAAAAUUCAGUUUUGAAAUUGUACAUUUGCUUACGUUUGCUUUAUAUUUUUGUUAUCUUUUACGAAUAAAAGAACUAAGAGUAC